AUGUUAGCACUUCUUGGGCUAACAGCUUGCGUUAGUGCACUAAGAGCUCCAGAUUACGUGACUGAUCUGCCAGAUUGUGAUAGACUUAACUCUGAUUGGUUCAGUGGCUACCUAGCAGUCAGCUAAACCAAGGCUUUGCAUUACGUACUAGUUUCAUCUCUAGAUAAUCCAGCAACUGAUCCACUUGUUGUCUGGUUCAAUGGAGGGCCAGGAUGUUCAUCUCUUCUUGCUCUUUUCUAAGAGCAUGGGCCUUUCGUUAUUGACGACGGUGAAUACUCACUUAAAACUAACCCUGAGCCAUGGAACAAGAGAGCUAAUGUACUUUACAUUGAAAGUCCAGCAGGAGUAGGAUUCUCAUGGGCCAACUCUACCCAAGAUCAAAAUACCAAUGAUAUGAGAGUAUCUCAAGAUGCCUUCGCUGCACUUCAAGACUUUUUCAAUGGAUUCCCAGAGUUCUUAACCAAUGACUUAUAUAUCUCAGGAGAAAGUUAUGGAGGCAUUUAUGUUCCUUAUCUUGCAUGGCAAAUUCAUUCAUGGAACAAAAUGCAAGAGUUCCAUCCCACUAGAACCAGAUACAACCUUAAGGGAUAUAUUGUUGGUAAUGGAGCCACUAACUGGGAUCUCGACAUCUCACCUGCCUUCCCAGAGGUCGUUAGAAACUUUAACAUUAUUAGCUAGGACUUACUAGACAAAUUCCAAAAUGGAAAUUGCCAUUAUUACUUCAAUGAUGUUAAGAAAUUCCCCAACACUAAAGAUUGCAACGAUACUUGGGACUAGAUUAACUAGAUGGCUGCAGGUUUGAACUGGUAUGAUCUAUAUAGAAGAGUUUAUCCAGAUGGUGGACUUCUUGCAAGGACAUUCGAAGACGGUAGAAAGCCUCUUCUUAAGGGAUCAAACAGACUUUAAUCAGUUAAUAUUAAUGGAGAGGAAAAGGAAUACAAGGUAGGCAUGACCAUGAGUGAGUACACUCCAUGGGCAAAGCAUGUAUAAGAAAGCCCUAAUCAUCCACUCCUUGGAGCUUACUUAACUGAAUAUGUUAAUAGACCAGAUGUUAGAGAUGCACUUCAUAUCCCAUAGCACAUCUAAGCAUGGUCCCAAUGCUCAGAUACUGCCUAGCUCUACUAUCAUUACUAAUAUGAAGGUUCAGAAUGGAUUUAUAAGAUUAUGAAGCAAUAUGGAUACAAGAUUCUAUUCUUCUCAGGUGAUACUGAUGGAGCUGUUCCAACUCUUGGAACAAGAAGAUGGAUCGCUGGUCUUAAGAUGGAUAUUAAGAAAAAGACAACCGCAUUCUUAGUUGAUAAUCAAGUUGCUGGAUAUGUUACUAGAUAUAAUGGAAUGGACUUUGUAACAAUCCAUGGAGCAGGUCAUAUGGCUCCUUAGUGGAAGAGAGUUGAAGUCACUGGAAUGAUUACAAGCUGGCUUCAUGAUGAGGACAUCUUCGCACCCUGA